CAGAGGUAGGGAACUGUUUCAUAACAAGACAUCCAAACGUUUUUCUUGUUAAUAAAAACUUUUAAAAAUCGUCACAAAGUAACGUUGAUGCACAUUUACCAGACAAACGGACAGUCACGUAACACGCUGACGGUACAUCAUGUUAGGUGACAAUACAGGGGCAUGUAGAUCAGGGGAGCACACCGGUGAAGACCACGGACAGCAGGCUUUGUGUGACUCCGAGCAGCAGGGCUUUAAACCGGCGGAACUAGAGCCCCACCUGACCCCCUCCUCAAGGUUCCUGCAGGCUGAGCUGGAGUUGAACAUCCAUCUCCGCCAGCUCUCCUUCAGCGAGCCUGUCCGGUACAUCUAUAAUCCGCUGGAGUACGCCUGGGAGACCCACCGCUGCUAUGUGGAGAGGUACUGUCAGGCUGGACAAAAGAUCCUGUUUCUGGGGAUGAAUCCAGGACCCUUCGGCAUGGCACAGACAGGGGUCCCGUUUGGUGAAGUCAAGUCUGUCGUUAAUUGGCUGAAGAUCACUGGUGAGGUCGGUCACCCUCCUGACGAACACCCAAAGCGUCGAAUCUCAGGACUCGCCUGCACUCAGAGUGAAGUGAGCGGCGCUCGUUUUUGGGGCUUUUUCAAGAAACUCUGUGGUGAUCCAGCCGCGUUCUUCCAGCACUGCUUUGUGCACAAUCUCUGCCCGCUCAUCUUCAUGAGUGCCAGCGGGAAGAAUUUAACCCCUCCUGAGCUGCCUGCAGCCGAGCGAGAGAAGCUUCUUGCUUUGUGUGACAUUGCACUGUGCCAGGUUGUGAAGGCACUUGGCGUUUCUAUGGUGAUUGGGGUUGGGCGGGUGGCAGAGCAGAGGGCGCGGCGAGCUCUGACUGCUGCAGGAGUCACUGUCAGAGUGGAGGGCAUGAUGCAUCCAUCACCCAGAAACCCAAAGGCUAACAAGGGCUGGGAGGACGAAGCCAAAGCCAAACUGACUGAACUCGGAGUCAUGUCGCUGCUGAACAACAUGUGAGCCAACGAUGUUAUCAGCACUUUUUUCAGCAGCAAGGAGUCUGUUUUUUCUGACAGUGAAGCAAGAUGCAAGGAGUUAAACUCUGUCUUUGUUUAAUUUGAUGCUAAAAAAAAGUCUCUUACAUCCUCACCGCUGUAACUGUGCUGGUUCAAACAGCAGAAAAUUCUCUAAAGACAUCAUGAUACACCUAUCUUCCCUGCAGCUCUCAGUAAUGUCUGCUUUUUCCUACUGGGAAAGUUUAACUUUGUCAACAGCUGUAUUCCAUUUCUAUUUGUAGGAAAAUAUACACUAUAAUAGGGAUGUAACAAUGCCUGGCAAAACAAUUAAAAAUGGACACAAAUAUGGGCAAUUUAGACUGAUUUGACAGUACUUUUUUAACCAGCAGAGGGUGCUAUCUGUCAUUAUGCUUCUUUUUUUUAAUAUCAGUAGCCAGAGAAGAGAUGCCAAGUGAUGAUUUUAAGGUUGAAAUUGCUUUAUAUAAAAUAGUUGACAAGAGAAAAACAGUGUUUAAGUAUUGACAGACUGAUGAACAACACGAACAGCACAACUAACAUGAAAAAUAGAAAUUGAACCAGAUAUUUCAAUGACUUGAAAAUUUAAUAAAAUUGUAUGGUGGACUCAGCAUUGAUAUUUUUUAAAUCUUAAGUUGAGUGUAUUGUUACAUCCCUAUGUUUAAAAUAUCAGGUGCUCUUGAUUUAUAUGUACUUGAACUCUCAAAACCUUAUCUCAGGAUGUUACACUGCCACUACUCUGUGUUAAAGUGCUGAAAGUUUUGUUGCACAUUUGUCUACAUUUAACUUUUUAAUGUCAGUUAGUGAAUGUUUUCACCCGGUUCUCCCAGUUAAAGCUGUUAUGACACAAAAACGACACGUGUAUCUCAGAUGUGAAUAUGAAAGAGUAAUGUAUUACUUUGAAUGAUCAUAUUAGUCAUUUUAGUUUACGUGAAAAAGGUAUUCAUUUGAAUUGAAUUUGGCAUGUCACUCUACAUAUUUACUGAAUAAACUCAAAGGCCAAGAACAGGGUAAUAGAAUACACAAUAGUGUAGUGUUUGGCUUCAACAUUACAAAGUUAAAAUAUUCUGAUGUUAAAAAGGAAAAAACAAGCUGUAUAUAUUAGUCAUGUGCACUGCUCUUCAGCUACAUUCUUUGUAUCUUUUUAUGAAUAUCUUUGAACUGUCUGUAUUUUCAUUCUUGUGUUUUUUAUGUUUUAUCCACAGUUUUUUUCUGUA